AUAUACCACAUUAUGCAUCCCUAAAAGACUAGUAUUUAAGGAGUAUUGUAUUCGUAUAACUCAAUACCUUCAUUACUUUCACAUACAAAAAUCGUCUUGCAUCAUUCACUCUUUUUUCCAUCACUCAACCAAAGAUUUAUUUUCUCGUCUCAUCUCGCUCCAUUUUUAAACACUCAUAGGAUGGGAUCAAAUGUUAACGUUUCCGAACCAAAAAUGGAUAAUAAAAAAUUUGAAUUUCCGGCAGGUUUUCGAUUUCAUCCAACUGACGUAGAACUCAUAAAUCAAUAUCUUGUCAAGAAGGUCAAUGACAAUAGCUUCUCUUUUAUAGCUAUUUCUGAAGUUGAUAUGAAUAAGUGUGAACCAUGGGAUUUGCCAGAGUUGGCAAAAAUGGGAGAAACAGAAUGGUAUUAUUUCUGUGUGAGGGAUAAAAAAUAUCCAAAUGGUCAAAGAACAAAUAGAGCCACUAAUGCUGGUUAUUGGAAGGCUACGGGAAGAGAUAAGAAGAUUUAUGACAAAAAUUUAUUGAUUGGGAUGAAGAAGACAUUGGUUUUCUAUAUAGGAAGAGCUCCGAUUGGUGUAAAAACUAGAUGGGUUAUGCAUGAAUACAGAUUGGAGGGUACCACACUCUCUAAUGACAUUUUAGCGAAGAGAGAAACGGGUGAAUGGGCUAUCAGCAGAAUCUAUGAGAAGGGUAAUUAUGAAAAGAAAAUGUGUGGUUCAAGACUUGGAAUGUUUAACUCCUCUAGAGAAGAACCACUAAACACUAAUGAAUCUCCAUUGAUGAAUUCUUCUCCAUACACUAAUGGGGAGUUCUCUUAUGCAAUUAAUUCAUUCACCAUUCCAAAUCAAAUGCAAGACAACAACAUUGUUGGUAACAAUGAAGCUAGUAUCAUGAACGUUUCAUCCUCUUCAAAACAAAUUGAUGAUUACCCUUUUGCUGAAGCAACACAAAACUAUUUCUUAUCUCAAGAAAAAUCUAUGAUGAGGAUGCAAUCGGAGAAUGAAAAUUAUGGAUCAAGUUCAAAGCAAACUCUUCAACAUGAUUUUUCUUUUGGUGGAGAUCUUGAUGCUGAUAUCUCAUCAGUUGUAUAUGGAAAUGACAUGUUUCCAAGGUGGUAUGAGAAUCAAGAAUUGAUACCUGAUUCUCAUGGACCCGUGGUCACUAAUCGCUCGUGGAAUUACUAAUGAAUAAGGAUCAAGAAUAUCAUAUAGUUUUAUUAUUAUAUAAAUAAAAUAUGUCUUGUAUAA